AUGACUCAAGAAAUGGAAUCCAUUGUAAUGGAUCACAUGGGCGAAGAGUUUAAUAUAAGUGUUGAAACACUUGGUAAACUUGUAGAUGUACCAAAAGGUUUUGAUACACUUCACGAAUUAGGAGGUGUUCAAGGAUUAGCAAAAGCAUUAAAAACAGAUUUAAAGCAAGGUUUACCAGCAAUAGAAACUGAUUUAGAAAUUGCAAGAGUUAAAAAAUUUUCAAAUAAUGUUUUACCACCACCACCACAUCAACCAUUAUGGUCUAUUGUUUUAGAUGCAAUGUCAGAUCAUAUUUUAAUUCUUUUAAUGGUUGCUUCAGUAGUUUCAAUUGUUUUAGGAGCUGUUCCAUAUACUUCACAUGAUCCAAAAACAGGUUGGAUUGAUGGUGUUGCUAUUUUGGUUGCAGUUAUUAUUGUAGUAACAAUUACAUCUAUUAAUGAUUUCAAGAAUCAAGCUAGAUUUAGAGAAUUAAAUGAAAAGACAAAUGAUAAACAAGUUAAAGCAAUUCGUGGUGGAGAACAAUGCCAAGUCUCAAUUUUUGAUGUCAGAGUUGGUGAUAUUGUCACAUUAGAUACUGGUGAUAUUAUUUGCGCCGAUGGUGUUUUCGUUGAAGGUCAUGCUCUUAAAGCUGAUGAAUCAUCAAUCACUGGUGAAUCUGACCCAAUCAAGAAAGGUCACCCAGAAGAUAAAGUAGAUCCAUUUUUAAUUUCCGGUUCAUUAGUUAUCGAAGGUAUGGGUAAUAUGUUGGUCACCGCUGUUGGUGUUCACUCAUUCAAUGGUAAAACUAUGAUGAGUCUUAGAGUUGCUUCAGAAGAUACCCCACUCCAAAAGAAACUUGCCACUUUAGCUAGUCGUAUUGGUUACUUUGGUAUGGCCGCUGCUAUUUUAUUAUUAUUAAUCGCCAUUCCAAAAUACUUUAUCGAGAAAAAAGUUAAAGAUGAGGAUAUUAACAGUGAUGCCGCUUCAGAUAUUGUAUCUUUAGUAGUUUGUGCUAUUACUAUUGUCGUCGUUGCCGUUCCAGAGGGUUUACCAUUAGCUGUAACCAUGGCUUUAGCUUAUGGUAUGAUGAAGAUGUUCAAAGAAAACAAUUUAGUUCGUAAUUUAGCAAGUUGUGAAACUAUGGGUUCAGCCACUACUAUUUGUUCAGAUAAAACUGGUACUCUUACUCAAAAUGUUAUGACUGUAGUCACUGGUACUGUUUGCGGUAAUUUCCCAGAAGUUAACGAAUCAUUAAAAUCUAAAAUCCCACAACACGUCGCUCAAAUUCUUACUGAUGGUAUUGCCAUUAACUCUAACGCCUAUGAAGGUGUAUCAAGUAAAGGUAAAUUAGAAUUUAUUGGCAGUAAAACUGAAGUUGCUCUUUUAAAUUUCUCCAAAGUUCUUGGUUCCGAUUACAACGAAGUUAGAAAACGUCUCGAAAUUAAGGAAAUGUAUCCAUUUUCAAGUGCUCGUAAGAGAAUGAAUGUCUUGGUUAAACAUACUCCAACUGAAUCACGUCUCUACACUAAAGGUGCCUCUGAAAUCGUUUUAGGUUUAUGUGAUAGAUACUUUGAUCAAAAUGGUAAUGUUAUUCCAUUAGAUGCCUCAGCCAAGAAAUAUUUCGAAGAUCAAAUUAUGGCUUUUGCUUCAGACGCUUUAAGAACCAUUGGUAUUGCUUACUCAGAAGUUAAAGAAGGUACCGAAGUUAAAGAUGCCCCAGAAAAUGGUUCAAUCUUUAUUGGUAUCGUUGGUAUUAAAGAUCCAUUACGUCCAGAAGUACCAGAUGCUGUUGCUACUUGUCAAAAAGCCGGUAUUACUGUUCGUAUGGUAACUGGUGAUAAUAUUAUUACUGCCAGAAAUAUUGCUAAAAAUUGUGGUAUCCUUACUGAAGGAGGUUUAGUCAUGGAAGGUCCAGAAUUCCGUAAACUUUCACAAUCUGAAAUGGAUGCUAUUCUUCCAAAACUCCAAGUUUUAGCUCGUUCAUCCCCAACUGAUAAACAAUUACUUGUCGGUAGAUUAAAGGAUUUAGGUGAAGUUGUAGCCGUAACUGGUGAUGGUACAAAUGAUGGUCCAGCUCUUAAAUUAGCUAAUGUUGGUUUCUCUAUGGGUAUCUCUGGUACUGAAGUUGCCAUUGCAGCUAGUGAUGUAGUUUUAUUAGAUGAUAAUUUUGCUUCUAUUGUUCGUGCAGUUCUCUGGGGUCGUAAUAUUUAUGAUGCUAUUUGCAAAUUUUUACAAUUCCAACUUACAGUCAAUGUUGUCGCCGUUACAAUCGCUUUCUUUGGUACCAUUACCUAUCAAGAGUCAAGAGAUGUCGAAGGUCGUGGUCCAGGUUCACCACUUACUGCUGUACAAUUAUUAUGGGUAAAUCUUAUUAUGGAUACUUUAGCUGCUUUAGCUCUUGCUACCGAACCACCAACACCAGAAUUAUUAAACAGACCACCAAAUGGUAAGAAUGCUCCAUUAAUCAGUCGUUCAAUGUGGAAAAAUAUUAUUGGCCACUCUGCUUUCCAAUUAGCUGUUCUCUUUACUAUUCUCUAUCAAGGUCACAAUAUCUUUAACCACUUUAUCCCAGAAUCAAUCGAAAGAAAACAAAUUGAUAGUGAUAUUUCAUUAGCUUCAUCAUCUUCAACAUCAAUCGAUGGCGAUGGAAAGAUUAUUCCAGAAGGUUCAGUACAUCAUUAUACUUUAUUAUUCAAUACAUUCGUAUUCAUGCAAUUAUUCAAUGAAAUUAACAGUAGAGUAUUAGGUAGCGGUACAAAUCCAUUCAAAAACUUUUUCAACAAUCCAAUUUUCAUCGUUGUUAUGAUCUUUACUUUAGGUGUUCAAAUUCUUUUCGUUACUUUUGGUUCAAGUGCCACCUCAACUGAUUCACUCUAUAUUCUUGAAUGGGUUGCUUGUAUUGUAGUCGGUGCUUUUUCACUUCCAUGGGGUCUUUUCCUUAGAAAAAUCCCAAUUAAAGAACCAGUAUACAAAAAUGAACCACCAACUGUUUCUGAAGCAAUCUACACUCCACCAUCAACUAAUAUUGAAAUGGAAGGUGCUCAUCAAAAUGAAACUGCUCCAGUUAAACUUUCAAAGGAUUAUCCAACCUCUGCAGAGUCAACUCCAAAUGAAGAAGCUUCACCAUUAGUCUCAAGAACUUCAUCAGUAGGUGCUGGUGAUAGUACAACUCCAAUCCCACACAACAAUGUAAAUAAACCCACUCAAGUUGGUAGAGGAUGGCAAAUCGUAAGACAAACACACAAAAAAUUAGUUGUAAUCAAUGCUCUCAAAGAAUUUAAUAAGGAUGGUGAAACCAACUUGGUAGAUGUCGUCAGAGGUCCACAAAGAGGUUCAAUCUCACUCCCAGCUCCAUCAAAUUAUGCAAAUUUAAAUAUAUAA